GCCUCCUGCCUCGCCAUUCCCUCCUGCGCUGCGGAAGAUGGCUGUUUGGAGAAGGCGGCGAAGUUAGGGGGUCGCCGACGCGGGGCGGAGGAGGGCGCACAGCCUCGGCGGGAGCGGGCGGAGGUUUCUCCUCUGCCACCGUCACUUGGACAGCCAUUGCCAGCAGAGAGCCAGCCGUGACUCUGCACCCUCCGCCGUCAGCCCCUCUGGUCUCCUCCACAAUGAGCUCUCCCGCACAACCAGAUGGAGUGGCCGGACGGGAGCAGCUCUUGGCUCAGCAAAGAAUGCACGGUAUGAUCAGCUCAGUGGAUGUGAAAUCAGAGGUUCCUAUGGGCCUGGAGCCCAUUUCACCUUUAGACCUAAGGACAGACCUCAGGAUGAUGAUGCCCGUGGUGGAUCCUGUCGUCCGUGAGAAGCAGCUGCAGCAGGAGCUGCUUCUCAUCCAACAGCAGCAACAAAUCCAGAAGCAGCUCCUCAUCGCGGAGUUUCAGAAGCAGCAUGAGAACUUGACGCGGCAGCAUCAGGCGCAGCUGCAGGAGCACAUCAAGUUGCAACAGGAACUCCUAGCCAUAAAACAACAGCAAGAACUCCUAGAAAAGGAGCAGAAACUGGAGCAGCAGAGGCAAGAACAGGAAGUAGAGAGGCAUCGCAGAGAGCAGCAGCUUCCUCCUCUCAGAGGCAAAGAUAGAGGACGAGAAAGGGCAGUGGCAAGUACAGAGGUAAAGCAGAAGCUUCAAGAAUUCCUGUUGAGUAAAUCAGCAACGAAAGACACUCCAACCAAUGGAAAGAAUCAUUCCGUGAGCCGCCAUCCCAAGCUCUGGUACACGGCCGCUCACCACACCUCACUGGAUCAAAGCUCUCCACCUCUCAGUGGGACGUCUCCAUCCUACAAAUACGCGUUACCAGGAGGCCAAGACGCCAAGGACGAUUUCCCCCUGAGAAAAACAGCCUCAGAGCCCAACUUGAAGGUGCGGUCCAGGUUAAAACAGAAAGUGGCAGAGAGGAGAAGCAGCCCCUUACUCAGGCGGAAGGAUGGAAAUGUUGUCACUUCAUUCAAGAAGAGAGUGUUUGAGGUGACAGAGUCCUCGGUCAGUAGCAGCUCUCCAGGGUCUGGUCCCAGUUCACCAAACAAUGGGCCCGCCGGAAAUGUCCCCGAAAAUGAGGCUUCAGUUAUGCCUCCCACGCCUCUCCCUGAGCAGCUGGUUCCGCAGCAACGCAUUCUGAUUCACGAAGAUUCCAUGAACCUGCUCAGCCUCUACACCUCGCCCUCUUUGCCCAAUAUCACUCUGGGACUGCCAGCUGUGACGUCCCCACUCAAUGCUUCUAAUUCACUCAAAGAAAAGCAGAAGUCGGAGACACAGAUCCUCAGGCAAGGCGUCCCUUUGCCUGGCCAGUACAGCGGUGGCAUUGCAGCGCCCUCCAGCCAUGCUCACGUAGCGAUGGAGGGGAAACCCAACAGCAGCCACCAAGCUCUCCUGCAGCACCUACUAUUGAAGGAACAAAUGCGGCAGCAGAAGCUCCUUGUGACUGGUGGUGUUCCCUUACACCCUCAGUCUCCCUUGGCAACGAAAGAAAGAAUUUCACCAGGUAUUAGAGGUACCCACAAACUGCCCCGUCACCGACCCCUGAAUCGAACCCAGUCUGCGCCUUUGCCUCAGAGCACGCUGGCUCAGCUGGUGAUUCAGCAGCAACACCAGCAGUUCCUGGAAAAGCAGAAGCAGUACCAGCAGCAGAUCCACAUGAACAAACUGCUCUCGAAAUCUAUUGAACAACUGAAGCAACCAGGCAGCCAUCUUGAAGAAGCAGAGGAGGAGCUUCAGGGGGACCAGGCCAUGGAAGACAGAGCGACCUCUAGCGAGCACAGCACUGGGAGCAGCCGUGCUUGUGUGGAGGACACACUGGGACAAGUUGGGGCUGUGAAGGUCAAGGAGGAGCCAGUGGACAGCGAUGAAGAUGCUCAGAUACAGGAAAUGGAAUGUGGGGAGCAGGCUGCUUAUAUGCAACAGGUAAUAGGCAAAGAUUUAGCUCCAGGAUUUGUAAUUAAAGUCAUUAUUUGAACAUAAAUGUGUUGCAGAUUUUGCUAAAUGAUUAUCAUUACCUAUCAGCAUAUAUUUCCAAUUUUAGUGUUUAAGAAUUCUAAAACAGGUAAAAUGAUGUUUUUUUUUUCUUUAUAAAGAUCACUCUAUACUGAUCUCUGAAUGAGUAUGGGUAUCAAGGUUUCAUUGAAUCUUUACUGGUAAGAAAAUGCCUGUUACACUAAAAUUAUGCUAUAUAAUAUCCAGGAAAUUAAUAGGCUUUAAAUCCAUCUCAAAGCCUGAUACAACAGUUACUUCUAGUGAAAAUGAACUCAUUGUUGUUUUUAGUUUUAUCUGCUGAGGUCUGUGAGCACAGAAUGUAGUUUACAGCCUGAUCAAUGAAGCAUUCUAUUAGAAAUGAUGUUUUUUAACAUAAAGAAUUCAUUUUUUUUCAUACAACUGUACAUAGUGUAUCAUACCAUAGUCUUGAACACUGUUGAAGGUAGUCUGCUCCCUGCCCCCUUUCUCUCUCUCUCUCUCUUUUUUUAAGUAGAAACCUGGCUACCGUGCCAGCAGCUCUAGGUUAUUGCGUAGAUCACAACUGAAAACCUUAGCCAUUAAGGUGGUUUUGAGCAGAGAUGCAAGCUGAAGUUCAGUUUUGACCAUUACCUUAUGUCUGACGCAGCAUUGCACAACGCUUAAACCUUGUGUAAGUUGCUGAUGUUGAGUUCUGAAAUGGAAUCCAUGCAAAUGCUGUCACGAAGCGGCGUGCAGCCCUGUGGUCCACGCAGAUGCUGCGAUGUAUGCACAGCUGCAGAGAAUGUAGUACGAUUACCACCUGAUACCAAAUUAAAAGCAGGCUUUCAAGAGGGUGACUCACACUGACGCCUGGUAUCCUUAGGAUUUCUCUCAUACCGUGGUAUAUACCACAUCAUUUUGAGAAAUAAAUAAAAAAAGCUGAGUGUUGGUUUAACAAGACAAAUCUGCUUGUAUAUGAUGGCACUUCCAGAAGGACCAUGUCCUUUGAUGCUGUAAAAGCACAAACAACUUUGAACACAACAGAGACCGAGACGAUGUUUAUUUAAGUCAGUUCUUUGUUAGGGUCCUGCUGUUCUACAGAAAAGCAGUUCUGUGAGGGGACAGGAAAUGUCUCGUGGAAACAGGAAGUUCGAGUGACUCGUGUUCUGGGGAAUGUAGGAGAAACAGUCCGAGGGUAGUGUUCUACUCUUUCAGUUUUUAAAGGGUAUUCUAUGAAUUGAUUUAUUGGCUGGGAAAAUCCCACCAUGAGUUGGGAAACCCUUACGGAAGCUAUUGGCUAGAACGUUUUCUUCAUAUUCCCUUUUGAUAUGUUUGCCUUCUUUUACGGGUUUACUUUUGUUAAGCUAGUCAAAUGUAUGCUGUAUUAAGACCCCUUUGGUAUGGAUAAUCCAAAUUGACCUAGAAUCUUCCUGAGGAUUUUUUCUAUUAAAAUAUUUAUAUUCCUUGAUCCCUGCUAUUUAAGGUGUAGUAUCCUGUUUCAGGAGACAGCACUUUUGCCAAAUGUAGACAUGGUUCAACUGUAUGUUAUUAGCACGUGUUGUUUACACUUCGCUGUGACAUUUAAAACUAUUUCUUUUAAAAUGUUCCUGCUAAAGAUACAUUAUCCUUUUUUAAAAAGUCUCCAUUUGAAUUAAAUUAACAUAACUAGAGUUAGAAAGUUAAAAGUUUUUCCACAUAAUGAAAAUCCUUCUGAUAAUUUGACAGCUAGUUCUAAUAGGUAACUCUCCCUAUCACCAAUACGUUUGGGUUAAUAUAUUCCUUCAUAUUAAAAUGACUGUUGUCAGUUGUUUUGCAUUAAAAAUAUGGCAUGCCUAAGAUAAAAUUGUAUAUUUUUCCAUCUCAUAAAUAUUCAUUUUCUUCAAAUUCCUUUUUCAAUCUCAUAAAAAAGGGAUAGUGCAUCUUUUAAAACACAUUUUAUUUGGGGAGGAACACGUGGCUGAGCAGACUUUUGUAUAAUAUUUCUUCAAAGAUAUGUGAUCAAAAACGAAAAAAACUAUUUUUUAUAAUGUCAUUGGAGAGAACUUCAUCAGUACAUUUGGUGGACGUAAUUGUUUGAAUUUGAUAGUCUUUGAAUUUAGUCAAGAAACUACCUGGAACCAGUAAAACGAAAAGCUGGACAUAACUAACCUUAGAAUUAACCAAUAAAUGUCUCUUCUAAGAUCUACUGUAUUUAUUAUGAUUUACACCCUUGGAGGUGAUAUCCUGUUUUGUGUUGUAAAUAUAUUGUCUGUAUGUUUCCCUUCUUGCCUUCUGUUAUAAGUCUCUUCCUUUCUCAAAUAAAGUUUUUUUUAAAA